AUGCUGGGCCAGGCCUGGUUUGUGAAUGUGCUGGCGGGUGUGGCCGCGGCUGCGCCUGCCUGCACAGAUCCAGUGCGCCUGGUGGAUCUGCUGCCACUGGCACUGCCGCUGCUUCCAGAGCUGCAGCAGCGCACCGACAAGCGCGGCGGCAAGAAGAGCUCAGGCGCUGAGGCGUGGCUUGGUUCAGUGGUGGGGGCAAUCGAAGAAGCGGUUGUGCAGGAAACGUCAGGCGGCAAGCAUGGUGGCAAGCCAAAGGGCAGCAACAGGACGAUUCUGGACGUGUCUGAGGCGGUGGUCCUGCUCCGUUCCUGCAGCCUUGCCGAUUACAAGCUCCCUCUCGGCGUGCUCCACGCGUGCGAGACGGCACUCUUGCAGGACGCGGCGCAGCAGCGCUGCCGCGGCGCCGUUGCGGUCGAGAUUGCGCGCGGCUUCAACAGCCAGCGACGCCUGCACCAGGGCGCCUGGGCGCCCUCAGGCAGCCUGGCGCGGCGGCUCCUGCGGUGUGCAGAAGUCGCCCAGCUGGCUACAAGGGAAGCUGGGGAGAAGCUUGCUGACCUGGUGGAGAUCAUUGUAGGAGAGUGGCAGUACCGCCCCAAAAGUGAACAGCUGUGGGAUAUCGAGCAGGCAGUUUCGGGCAUGUCCGUCAAAUCAGACCGCAGCAGCCACAGGGUCCAGCUCGCCCUGCUGCGCCACGGCUGCGUCUUCAGCAACAUCCGCGCGCUGUGCCUCGAAGUGGUCGCCACGCUGAGAGAGUGUGAGGCCGCAAUGGCCGCCGGCUGCCCGCCUGUGCAGCCGGCUGGCAACAGCGCGGCAGCUGGCAGUGGCGUGAAGGGGAAGAAGAAAGACGCCGCAAAGCAGCCCGCGGCGGACGUGGCCGCGGCCCAGGCCGCCGAGGCGGCGGCCGCGGAGGCCGUGGCGCAGGUGCUGCUGCUCCUGAAGGCCGUGGCCCAGCCGCCCACACAGCAUCAGCUCGCCGCUAUCCUCGAAGUAGAGGGUGCCGGCCUGCUCAGUCACUCGGUGCAGCCGGGCUCCAAGUACCACGCAGCCCUCGUGUGCAGCGCUGUGAACGCCGCGCUGCCGGUCGCCGGCACAGCACAGGCUCUGGGGCUGCUCUCGCGGCUGUGCGACUACUUCGACGCCCUCAAGGCGGGCGUCGGGGCUGCAGGCGGAUUGGAGCCCGGGUUGGAGGGCUUGCGGACAGACCAAGUGCUCUGGCCGUACGCCAUCCUGCAGUCCACGCAGCAGCAGCUGGGGGCCGUGGUCGAGGCGCAGGAGCUGUUGCGCGCGGUCGAGGCGCGCGUAAUCGCCGCGCUCCCAGAGCUCACACCCGCGGCCGCCGCGGCGGCUCUGGAGGACAGAUGUGUGCGGCUUGGUGCGCGGGUCGGCGGCGGGCCAGGGGAGGCAGGCGAAGAGGCGCAGCGCGUGCUGGCGGCGCCGAGGGAGUGGGUUGUGGCAGUGCUGGACGCGGCCCUGGCAGCUAUGCGGUCACCCGAGGCCGACGUUGACGCCCAGGCGCUACUCUCCCUCCUGCGCGUCGCAAACGCCCAGUCGCCGCGGCCCGUUGCACCCAGCGGCGGCACGGAAGCCUGGGACCGCCUGCUGCUUGCCGCCGACCGGCUGCGGCGGGCGCGCGACCCCGGAGUCACAGAUCCCCUGGUGAUCUGCUCCCUGCUUGAGGGGCUGGUUCUCCAAGGCUAUGCGCCAGCCACCAAGACCGCAGCGGAGCGCAUCAGGCAAUUUGCCGCCGAGGUCUGCGAGCUGCCCAGCCUGACGGCGCUGGCGCACAACGCGCCGGACCGGCUGGCGGCGAUGGUGCUUGCCCUGGGGCGGCUGAACAGGGGCAGAGCUGCAGAUUCAGGCAGCGGAGCAGUAAGGGGCAAGGCGGUGCAGCUUCUGGCGGAGGUCUGCCAAGACUGCCUGGUGCCUAUGGGCGCGGCAGCAAUCGCGGAUGCGGCGUGGGGGGUGGUGCUGUUGGGCUUUGCGGAGCCGUCAGCCGCUGGCGGUGCCAUCAAACCCAGGCUCUGGGCAGCAGCCGCCGCAAAGGCCCUCUCCACCAACGGCGCUCAGGCGCUGCAGCAGCUGGGAUCGAUAGGCGCGGGGCGCCUGCUUGGAGCGCUCGCGGCACUGGGGGCGCAGCAGCCGGCAGGGCUGGCGGGUGAAUGGUCGAGGGCGCACGUCGCGGCGUCUCAGCUGGGGGAGUACACAGACGAGGAGCUGGUGUACCUCCUCGUGGCCCUUGACGGCCACUUCAAAGGACAGCCCCUGGAUGAGCGGCUGGCGCAGAUGGCGUGCGGGGAGCUGCUGAAGCGGGAGCUGGCGCCACGGCUGGUGGUGGAGGCACUGGACGCCCUGAAGGGCAGCUUCCUGGCAACUGACCCUGUCCAGCACUGA